GUAUGAGGAAACAUAUGAUGGUGAAAAAGUAAUCUAUUGGGAAGUGAAGUACCCUUUUCCGCUCUCCAACAGAGAUUACGUCUAUAUUCGUGAAUGUCGAGAGAUGGAUGUUGAUGGGCGGAAGAUCUGGGUUGUGUUAGCUCAAAGCGUGUCUGUUCCUCAGUGCCCAGAAAAGCCUGGUAUUACCAGAGUUAAAAGCUAUAAACAAAGCCUGGCAAUUGAAAGUGAUGGCAAGACUGGAUCUAAAGUCUAUAUGUACUAUUUCGAUAAUCCUGGUGGCAUGAUUCCAUCGUGGCUGGUCAAUUGGGCUGCCAAGAGUGGUGUGCCUACUUUCUUGAAGGAUAUGCAAAAAGCUUGCCAUAAUUAUGCUAAGAGCACAUAGGUAAAAGUUGAUCUGAAUCGUUUAAUUCCUAGAGCUCUGCACUAACAGGAGUGGCUAUUCUGUAUUACACUGGAUAAAAUCUACCUCU